AACCGAAACGUCGACGGUCCUCGAUCCGACCACCAACCACAAGAAAAGCACCCGUUGUAGAGAAGUGGAAGAUUGUCGUCGCCAAGCCAGACAAAGCUUCACAGAGAGAGGCCAUGCCUAUGGUAGUAGGGAAGAGAUAGGACCUGAUCUGAUUUGGGCAGGCAAAGGCAUGCUGUUAGUCGCCGCGGUAAAGGCGAGCAUAUUUGCGGUAAUUUCGAGGGCGUUGUCCACUUACCUGGAAGUGAGCGUGACAGAUAUCGAGACCAAGCUGCUGCAACGAGAUGCUUCCUUGAGACUGCAAAAUGUCAAGGUGCGAGAGCAAAAAAUUCCCCUCUCCAUUCAAUCCCAGAAUGUGAUGUGCUUUCUGAUCAUCAACGGGACCAUAAAAGAACUAGAAUUGGACUGGACUUGGUCUUCUUCUCCCUUUGCGCUGAUUGAGCAUGUCAAAUUGAGACUUCAGGGGCUGAAUCUGAAGCUCACUUUUCGCUACGAAAAAGAGUCGGAAGAAGCCGUCCUGGCUAGAUCACAUCCAGUUGACUAUUUUGACCAAGAAGAGGGACCCAACGCCAAACCCGACAAUUCUCUUGCUGGGCGCUGGCAACAAGAAAUGCAACGUGCAAGAGACGCUGUAGCUUGCCAUGUGAAAGACUCAGCAUUGGUCCAACAAGCUAUUCAGGAUAUCAUCAAUUCAUUCUCUAUCAGAAUAGACUAUGCAAACAUUGACGUUCACGUACCCUUCACCAGCAAUUUUAUUCAAGUGUCGUUUGAGACCUUCCAUUUUGGCACGAAUGAGGGGAAGAGAGAAUUCAGGAUGGGGUCGACACCUCUGAUGAUGGACGGAGCUUUAGAGCUUUUUUCUGCCGAGCUGCAUCACGGGCUCAUGGGAAGGGCCUCAUUUCCAAUUGUAGAACCAUUCACUCUUGAAGCAACCGCUCGCAGGGUGGCCGGGGCCAGGUUUCAGGACCUUACAUCUGGGUAUGAGCUGAUUGUGAAACGAGCAAAAACCCAAGAAUUUGCCAAGCUAAUCGAUCGUGGUAUCAUACUGCAUUGGUCAGAUGAUGUCAAAGCAGCGUUUUCUCUCCUCCAAGAUGCCUUCCAAGGAGCCUCACCUUCGGCUCCUGACUAUGAUGCAGAGAUCUAUCGCUCAAACAAAGACCCAAACUCUGCCGAGCUUUGGCCAAUAUCACUGAAGCUGCUUCUGGGCCUUGUAUCUCUGAUUGGUGUUACCAGUAUUACAAUCAUCAUCAGAUUCAUUCUACGUGGUUUGGGCAUACUUGACGGUCAAUAUUUGACGAUGGCUUCGUGGAUCAUCUUCUUCCUCUUGUUGGUGUGGGCAACAUCAACACUGUUGGAUAUCUGGGUGGCCACCCAUGCCAACCACAUGGAGAAAAGUGUCGAAAGAGGGCUUCGAGUGCAACAUCUGGAAAACUACCCUGCAAUCUACCGAUUACCGCUACCCUUCAUCACAGUCAUUGCUCCAAAUGAUGUCCGUGUCACCUUGGCAAACAUUGUUCUAGUGGGAAGAAUGGAUUUUACGAGGACACAUUUCUCUGCCACUUCAUUCACGGUCAAAAGCAAAAGGAGAUCGGUUCCUGGGCCCCAAGUGUCGUUGAAAGGAAUUCGAGCCAGCUACCAGCACAAGAGGCUGCUUGUGAAUGUCGAUCUCAUUCACAACUUGUACAUUCCAGAAAAGAUUCAUCUUGCGAGAGAGUUGGAAGGCACGAUCGUUGUUUUCGAGGAAGGCAGGAUGACGAUUAAGCUAAAGGCUGUCAAGGCCCGCCUGCUUACAGAUGGCGAGAUGAUUGAACAUUCAGAGAGUUUGCGCAUGUCACAUAUAACAAUCAACUUGCAAAAGGUGGCAGAAAAAUUCCAUGACGCCGGAAGGGUUGUCCACGACACUGGUAUGAAGCUCUCCAAAGAGUUGAAGAAUGGGUUUAAGAAUGUCAAGUUCAAAAUGAAAUCGCAACGAAAGAGGUCAUUUGACGCUGAUGAAAUCGAUGCCCGAAAUCGAUUGCAUGCCGAAAUAUACGAAGGGCUUAUAAAGCUUCAACGAAUGGCUGGCAUGUUCGAGCUUAUACCUUUACGAAAGCACCGUCAAAACUUCCGAUUAUACCCGAAUUCAUUUCGUGGCACUCACGCCGUGGACUACAUUCUUGAAAAUCGAAUCGCACCGACUCGCCCGGAGGCGGUUAAACUUCUCAAGGAUUUCGAGGUCGAAUUUGGUCUUUUUGAGAGUGUAACGAGAGAAUACAAGUUCCGCGACCAGCACGAUUGCUUGUAUCGAUUUGUGCACCCUUCGAAACGGCGGUUUUGGUCGAAAAAAGAGCUUCCUUACUACUACGUUGAGACAUUUGAAAGAGCUCCCCAGAGCUCCGUUCUUCCUUUCCCAAUUAUGGUUCUGGCUGAAGGUCUUAUUCUAGUUAGACAAGACAGCGAGAGCAGCAAAAUACUUACUGCAUCCAAAGUUGAGCUUCAUCUUCAGAAUGGGAAGCUCUCCAGAUCUGUGGACUUCACAGUUUUGGCACGGGGGCUGAAGGGCAACAUGAUCGCCAUGACAAAUGCCAGAUUGCACGGAAUAGUGGACCCCAAAGUGCCAAAGCUGAUUCAUCGCUUUCAAAUGAGCCUUGAGAUGCUCACAGUGAAUCCAGAGUACACCAUUGAAGAUUGGUUCGACAGCCUCGGUUUGGUGUUUGAUGACAAUGACGAGGACAAAUCAAUGGAACUACGACAGAUUGAUGACGAGGACAAUGAACCAUACAGUCUCCCACAUAUGUUUGUAUCAGAUUUCAAAUUACAAUUGACCUGGAAAGGAAUGUUCGUAAGAACUCAGGAAGCCACAAUCUCGGUGCAAGGCAUGAAUGGUACAGAAAUCAGCUCCUCUGGAGAGCUCAUCAAGGACUUUGUGAUCCACGUGUUGGGGAGAGCUCCAGGCAUACUGUCGAAUAUACAUUUCAUGGGUGUCAAUAUAAUGGAAUCCUCUGGAGUAGCUAUUGCGAUGAAUUUCGGAUCAAAGUGGAUUCCAGGAGGCCAAUAUAUCAGUCUCGGUGCCAUGGCGCUGUACGACUUUGCUUGCGUGGCUGUUGAUGCCGGCAAGGCAGCUCGUCAUGAUCCUACAGGUGACUGGCAAUUGGGGGAUUUCCCUCGCGGCGUCUGGUUUGCUGGACUCGACACAGCCCGUGCUGGUGCAAAGCGGAGGGGUAAGACCACGGACGACUUUUAUGAUGAGCUCGACAGAGUCCAGCUGGACCCUCUCGAUUUUGCUGUGGGAGCAGCGUAUGGGAUUGGCACUUAUGCAAACACAAACAAGGCACGGUUCACAGGGGCAACGCUUGCUGCUUUUACUGCAAUUGGUCUGACAGUUGCUUUUGGGCCUUUGCCUGCAAUAGCAGCUGGCGUUGUUGUUGGAGCGAGCACAGAGCUGGCACUGGUUGAGUUGGAAAGAAGAGGACUUAUCUUGCUCAACAAGUACACAAACAAGUCGGAUGACGAAGAUUCAGAAGAUUCAGAUUUUGAGAUUGAAGAGGAGAUUGACAGUUUUAACUUCGUCAGGUCAACAAAAGGACUAUAGUCAACAAGUUUGCCAGCUACCACUAGUUCUAAGUAGCUAGCUAGAGGUGCUCCAGUGGUACUGCUAC